GUCCUGUGAGACAACGUUAUUAUGGAUAGAAAAGUGUAUACUGCAAAAGUAAAGAAUCCCAGAGUAAACGCGAACAUCUUCAGCAUAUUAACAUUCUCUUGGGUUUUACCAACUUUUUGGCUAGGCUUUCGUCGAAAUCUUGAAAUAACUGAUUUAUACACACCGCUUAAAGAGCAUACAAGUGGUAUUCUUGGUGUCAAAAUAGCGAAGGCAUGGGAGAAAGAAUGUGAGGCGUAUCAAUGUCAACUGGAGCAGAUCGCGAAAACUGGGUCACAGAAAAAAGUCAAAGAGCCCAGCCUGAUGAGAGUCCUCAUCAGGUGUUUCGGUUUCAAGAUUCUACUAUACGGGAUUUCAAUGGCCGUUAUGGAGAUCCUGCUCAAGGUGCUGCAACCAUUAUUAAUAGGUCAGAUGCUGCUUUAUUUUAACACUACAGAUGUCGAUAAGUACUACACAUAUGGCUGCGCUGUUGGCAUCAUUUUAUGUUCCUUUAUAAAUGUAUUCGUCUUCCAAUUGUACAUGAUGAGUACUGUGCAUAUAGGCAUGAAGAUCCGCAUAGCUUGUUGCUCGCUAAUUUACCGCAAAACGUUAAAGAUGACUAAAACCGCGUUGGACAAGAUGACGAUUGGCCAGGCAGUCAAUCUGCUGUCCAACGAUGUCAGCAAAUUCGACAUCAGUAUCACAUUUCUCCCUUAUCUGUGGUUCGGUCCCUUAAAGACUAUCAUCAUCACAUACAUCAUGUACUAUGUGAUCGACAUUGGAAUAUCGUCUAUCAUCGGUGUCGCUUUUUUACUGAUGUUCAUCCCUUUUCAAGUAUGGAUGGCCCAAAAGUCAUCAGAGUUGAGAUUAAAAACUGCUAUCAGAACCGACGAGAGGGUACGAUUGACGAAUGAGAUUAUCAGCGGAAUCCAAACCAUCAAGAUGUAUACCUGGGAGAAUUUAUUCAGCGCUCUUAUAGAAAAAGCAAGAAGGAGAGAAGUUAAUAUCAUCCAGUGGGUAUCAUACAUUAGGGGUGUCAUCAUGUCUUUCAUCAUCUUUACCACAAGAAUGUCGCUAUUUAUUACAGUGUUAGCUUACAUGUUGUUCGGCUACAAAAUAACGGCCGAGAAGGUGUUUGUGAUAAAUGCAUAUUAUAACAGUUUAUGCUCAGUCAUGGCUAUUUCCUUUCCGGACGGGAUGACACGAGCAGGGGAAGCGAUUGCAUCCGUGAAACGGUUGCAGAAAUUUUUGCUGUAUGAUGAACUGAUACCCUCCGAGAUCGAAGUGAAGAAAUAUAUUAAGGAGAAUAAGACAGAGAAUACAAAGGAGGAUCUAAUCGAGCAAAAUAAAAACGACUAUACAAUCGCACACCAGCCGAAAUAUAUCGAGUAUAGUAUCUCUAUCGAGAAUGGCAGUGCUAAGUGGCUAAACUAUGAACAGGAAGACACUUUGCAGAGUAUUAACUUGAAGGUGCGUCCUGGUGAACUGAUCGCUAUCAUCGGCCAGGUCGGUGCGGGAAAGAGCAGUCUGUUGAACAUUAUCCUCAGAGAAUUGCGUUUACAAAAAGGUUCUAUUCAAAUUAACGGCAAGAUUUCUUAUGCUAGUCAAGAACCGUGGCUGUUCGCUGGGUCGGUGAGGCAGAAUAUUCUAUUUGGACGACAGAUGGAUAAGAUUCAAUACGAUCGUGUAAUUAAAGUGUGUCAAUUAAGGAAAGAUUUUAGUCUGCUGCCUUGUGGUGACAAGACGAUUAUGGGUGACAGGGGUAUCAGUCUGUCUGGUGGUCAGCGUGCAAGAAUAAACUUAGCAAGAGCCGUUUAUGCUGAUGCCGACAUAUACCUCAUGGACGAUCCUUUGAGCGCCGUGGACGCUCGUGUCGGCAAGUAUAUGUUUGAAAAAUGCAUCGGUAAAUAUUUAAAAAACAAAACUCGGAUUCUCGUGACACAUCAGUUGCAAUAUCUUCAUAAUGUCGAUAGAAUUAUCGUUUUGAAAAACGGAACCAUCCAGGCAGAAGGUACUUAUGACGAGCUAAUCUCAAUGGGAGUGAACUUCGGCAGAUUGUUAGAAGACCAAACGAAGGCUGAUAGAAAAAUCUCUCAACCUUCUUCGACUCCUGUUAGUCGUAGCAAUUCACGCACUAGUAACACGUCGCUCAGUUCUUUCAUGACGAAUAGUACUUCGAAACAAGAGCCUAAUGAAGUGAAUGAGUUGCGAGCGGUAGGCAAUGUUUCCGGCAAAGUAUUCAUUGGUUAUCUCCAUGCUGGGGGCAAUUGGUGCAUAAUAUCUGUAGUGGCUACGCUUUUUAUCCUGACACAAUUAGCUGCCAGCAGCGUUGAUUACUUUCUUGCACAAUGGGUUAAUAUAGAGGAAAACUACAUAAAUCAAACGAAUGAUGGCAUUGUGGAAGAUCCAAGAAGUCUAUUCACCCGCAUGGAGUGUGUCUACAUCUACAGCGGAUUGAUCGUGCUGACAAUCUGCAUCACCUUCAUUCGCUCGUGGGCCUUCUUCUGGACGUGCAUGAAGGCCUCGAUGCGUUUACACAAUCGUAUGUUCCACAGCAUCAGUCGUGGCACUAUGCAAUUCUUCAAAAUCAACACAUCGGGACGUAUACUUAAUCGCUUCUCUAAAGACAUGGGCACGAUAGACGAAAUGCUGCCUUCUAUGCUUAUUGAUAGCAUUCAGAUUGGCCUUUUGCUGCUCGGUAUCGUCAUCGUAAUCGCUAUUGUGAACGUGUGGCUAUUGAUACCCACGGUGUUUCUCGGCUUUGUCUUUUAUUACCUGAGAGUCUUCUAUUUGACCAGCAGUCGCAGCAUAAAGCGUCUCGAAAACAUUUGCCGUUCACCGGUUUUCGAUCACCUGAGCGCGACUCUUCAAGGACUACCGACGAUUCGCGCGUUUGGAGCGGAAGCGAUUCUGACAAAGGAAUUUGAUAAUUACCAGGAUACCCAUACGUCAGCAUCAUACAUCUUCUACGCAUCCGCGCGCGCUUUUGGCUUCUGGCUGGAUAUUUUCUGCGUGGUGUAUAUCACGUUGGUCACGCUGAGCUUUCUUGUGAUAAAUAGCUAUAACCGCGGUUCAAUGUAUGGCGGAUAUGUAGGCUUGGCGAUCACGCAGGGUAUUAAUCUCACUCGGAUGUUACAGUGGGGUAUGCGCCAGAGCACCGAGGUGGAGAACCACAUGACUUCAGUGGAACGUGUUCUUGAGUACAGCAAUGUAGAUAGUGAGCCCCCUUUUGAGAGUGUUCCGAGUAAAAAGCCCAAGCCCGAAUGGCCUCAGGAAGCCAAAAUCGAGUUUAAAAACGUGUUCUUACGUUAUGCGCCGUUAGAGCCACCAGUGCUCAAAAACCUCAGCUUCGUCAUCUUUCCUCAGGAGAAAAUCGGCAUUGUAGGCAGGACUGGCGCUGGCAAGUCAUCUCUGAUUCAGGCAGUCUUCCGUCUGGCUAACGUGGAUGGUUUGAUUGAGAUCGACAAAAUCGAUACGAGUCAGAUCGGCUUGCACGAUCUUCGUUGCAAGAUUAGCAUUAUCCCGCAAGAACCAUUCCUAUUUUCCGGCAGCCUGAGACGUAACCUCGAUCCGUUCGAUUUGUAUCCAGACGAACCUCUGUGGCGAGCUCUUGAGGAGGUCGAAUUGAAAGAAAUAGGCUUGGAGGCCCACAUCAAUGAGGGCGGUUCCAAUCUCAGCGUUGGUCAGCGACAGUUGGUCUGUUUGGCCCGUGCUAUUGUAAAGAACAAUCCGAUACUCGUGCUAGAUGAAGCAACUGCGAAUGUGGACCCGCGAACAGACGAGUUGAUUCAAACAACGAUCAGGAAAAAAUUCGAAAAGUGUACGGUGCUAACGAUUGCCCAUCGGCUUAAUACCGUUAUGGAUAGUGAUCGUAUUUUGGUAAUGGUCGCUGGCAGUGUCAUGGAAUUCGAUCAUCCUCACGUGUUACUGCAAAAGGAGACGGGCUACUUGAAGAGCAUGGUUCAGGAGACUGGCACGACGAUGGCGGAGGCUUUGGCCAACAUCGCCCGUGACAACUAUCAGAAUCGCAUAUUUACGUCUCUUUAAUGUACUCACAACGUAAAUUUCUUGUAAUUGCGUCUCAUAUGCACCGUAAUAUA